GGGGAGGAAGAGGGAGAGAUAACAGCAGAGGAAAAGAAGGAGGAGCAACAGAGCAAAGAGAAACACCGAGGCAGAGCUCACACAUCAGUUAGGGGCUUUAAGAGGACAAGAGCCACACAGAGGAAAGAAGGAGGAGGGAGAAAAGACAUAAAGAAGAAAGUGGAAAAGAGUUGCUGCCCAGCUGGGAAUCCAUCCAACAGUGACUUCAGUCUGUGUCCAAGUUAGCGGACAAAGCAGCCUGACUGGGAGUGCACUGGAAGCUCAGACUGGUUUGUGCCACAGCGAACAGGUUUCCAAGCGCCAUGGCCGACAACGUGAACGAGGAGUCGGAUUAUAAUCCUGGGAAAGAUGAGCUGGACUGGGGCUACGAGGAAGAAUGGGGACUCCAUUUCCCAGCAGCCAAUGGAGAAUACCAGUCCCCCAUUAAUUUAAACUCCAGGGAGGCUCAGUACGACCCGUCGCUCCUGGACGUCGGUUUAUCUCCCAACUACGUGGUGUGUCGAGACUGCGAGGUCAUCAACGACGGACACACCGUUCGCAUCAUCCUCAAGUCCAAGUCAGUGGUUACCGGGGGUCCGCUGCCCAGCGAUCACGAGUACGAGCUUCACGAGGUUCGGUUCCACUGGGGCAAAGAGAACCAGAGAGGAUCAGAGCACACCGUCAACUUCAAGGCUUUCCCAAUGGAGCUUCAUCUGAUUCACUGGAACAGCACUCUGUUCAACACACUGGAGGACGCUCUGGGCAAGAAGAAUGGAGUCCUCAUCAUAGCUCUGUUUGUACAGAUUGGUAAAGAACAUCUGGGUCUGAAGGCCAUCACUGAAGUUCUCCAGGACCUGCAGUACAAGGGGAAGAGCAAGCUAAUCCCCUGCUUCAACCCCAACACUCUGUUACCUGACCCAUUACUGAGAGACUACUGGGUGUAUGAAGGAUCUCUGACCACGCCGCCUUGUAAUGAAAAUGUGACCUGGAUUCUGUAUCGCUACCCGCUCACCAUCUCACAGCUACAGAUCGAGGAGUUUCGGAGACUUCGGUCCCACAUUAAAGGGGCGGAGCUGCUAGAAGGAAAUGAUGGGAUGUUGGGGGACAACUUCCGUCCCACCCAACCGCUCAGUGAUCGGACGGUUCGCGCCGCCUUCCAGUGACUCUCCCCUUCUGCUGCCGUCUCAGAAGAACUUUAGGACCUACAGAUAUGAAUAUAGAAGGAGAGAAGAAAGAAGAGGUGUGAAGAGAGCAGGAGGACGGAGGGGAAGUGGUUGUAGAUGAGCUGCAGACUGAAGGUGGACAAAGACGCUGUUGAUCUGACACCUUCACUGUGUGCUUUUACGUGUGUGUGUGUGUGUGUGUGUGUGUGUGUGUGUGUGUCGUUACUGUAUGUGAGUGUAACAUCCUCCCUGUAAGGUGUCUUAAUCAGAUGUGUGUGUGUGUCCUGAUUAGAUGAUAGCCGGCUUCACAAUCAGUCCAUCUCUGCUGUCAAAACAAGAGGAAGCCUGAAGUACAGCUUUACUCAAACACACAUGUUGAGCAUUGACGUUACACUUGAGGCUGUUAAUUAUGAGUUCUGGACUAAACUCUUUGUACUGCAGCUGUUAGGAACCUCUUUCAGAAAGCAGGUGUAACACAUCCUGUCUCUAAACCUGAACUCUGAGUUGAUUAAGCCUAAGAUGGGAAACUCUUCAAUAAAUAAAGGCAGAAAGAGUGAUUAAGGCUACAACGAGGAGGAGGAAGUCCUGUUUGACACAAAGCAGUCAUUUCCUGCAUACAGUGGAAGUUUAGUUUAUAAAAAUUAAGACUCUUUAUGACUUAUUUCUGUGUAAAAGUGCUGGUGAAGACUCCUCCGUGCACUUCUGCAUGAACCUCAAAAUCUGUGUGUCUGGCAGCGACCCUACAGAGGAAUAAAGGCACAUCCACGGAUGGAUUCAUCUGAUUAUACUCCCUUGCAGAUAUGAAAGUAGACACCUGCAGACACCUACAGAUGAAUAGUUGUUGCUAUUAUGCUACAUUUAUAGCCUGUAGGAGACCAUAGAAGCACAUAAUGUUAUGUAUACAUUCUUCAUGCAUGUGCACGACGUCCCUCCCUGCAAAGCUGCCACGUGGUGACGAUGCUCCAGCAGCACCGGCUUUACGUACACGCCGCUCACACACCUGGUUCACACACAUUCACUGACCGUAGUGCUGCACAAACAGUCUGCAUGUGUUGUACAUUCAGUGUGGCCACAAUGUGAGCUCUAGGGCUGGCCCGAAUAGUGGUUUCUGGCCUCCGAAUAUUCGAGCCCUAUUAAAGACGAAUAUUCGAAUAUUCGUUCUGCCCCGUAACAUCCGGGGGGGGGUUGGGCUUGUGGCGGAGACGGCCUGAAUAUUCGGAUCCGUUCGUCUGGUCUCUCGGGUCCAAAUUUUGCCUUUGUUUUGUCUUCAGUUAAAUUGAAGAAUUCCCAAACAGCGGAGGUCUUCAGCAUCUUGUCUUGUGUUUAUGCAACGAAGUGAAGCGUGACGUCAGAGUCGGCAGCCAUUCAGGUGGUGGUAACAAACACGAAUGGAUGAGCCGAGAUGAGCCAAAAUUAAUAUCCAGAUACAGCCGUAGCGAAUGAAUGUUCGGAUAUUCGGGGCCAGCCCCAGUGAGCUCACUAUAAAUUAAGUGUGUAUACAGAUAAUUAAAAAAAAAAAAAAAAAGUUCACUGUAAGCUGAAGUGGACCAAACAGCAACUGAAGAUGGAAAUGUGGCUUUAACAGUAAAGAUACAGCGUAGUUUACUUAAGGACUGGCAGCUGUAAAGUCAUUGUACAACUCGGUAUCAAUGGUUGCUGUGAUUUGCAGUUAAAAAGGUGUUUAGAUUCAAACUGACUGUACAUUUAAAGACGGUAUUUUAGAUUUUGACAGAGUAGAACUCAUCAUGUUGCACGUUAAGAUUUUAUGUGGGAUGUUUUCAAAAACUUCUAAGUUGCGUUUAGAUUCAGAGUCUAAAAUUUGGCUUCAUUUUCAGUUGCACCACAAUCAUCCUCAUUCACAUUAUACCCAACAGGACGUGUUAACUGUAACAGGAAUGUGUGACCGUUCAUUGAUCAAUGCCUGAAACUACAAUGAUACAUGUAAAUGUUUCAGUGCUGAAGAACUGCUCGACAACCUGACAGCUGCCUUAGUGUCCACAGAGUCACAGAGCUAUAAAAAGAAGAAAAAUGUUAGAUUUGAUUCCACAUCAUCCACAUAUCUGUCCUUACACUGAUGACAGAACAUGAAAGACAGCUCCUGGAUAACAAGCUGUUUUGAUGUUUCUGUAGAGGAAAAAAAUCGUACUUCUGCCUAAUGAGCGCAUUCUGACCUGUGCUUUGAUACCAACUAUAUGAAUGAGGAAAUGUCAGACAGCUUGCUCAGGCUCAGCAGAUAAACGGAGACAAUUUUAUGAGGAAAAUCUGCACCGGAUUAAGUUUUACCAAGAGCUUAAAGCUGGAGUAGGGAGGUUUUUUUUGAGGGGGCGGCAUCAGUGGGGAAAAAUUCCAUAUUAACCUUUCGGCAUUCUGUCCAAAAAAUAGUCAAGUUUGAGAAAAUUACGCUCACGAUGGGAGAUUUAGCCAUUUUUGCUGGAAGGGGUUCACAACAGAAAGAGGAAAAGGAAGAGAUGCAGGAGGAGAGCUGUAUAUAUUUUCAAAUUCUGCCAGAUUUCUGCCUCUCUCUGUCUCUUUAAAAUAGAAAACCCAGAGAGUUUCCGUCAUCUCAGGAUCAACAAACUCAGAGUUUCGCUAAAUCUGCUUUCUGCUCGAUAAGUUCAACACACGGUUUACAAGCUACAGUUCUGUUUGUUUUUAAUCAGCUAAAUCUGAAGUCAGCAUUAAAGUGAUUUGACUUUAUUUUGAAUAUAGCAUCCAGCUACACAGCACAGUCUCUAUGUUUUCAAUGAAAUUUGGAGCAGACAAUGAAGCAUCUGUUUCUGGGCUACAAAAGGUCACAAAUCUCUGCUACGCAAAGACUAUUUUAUCUUAAAAAUGCUCUAUUUUUAUCAAUUACCUAUCAAAAGGGCAAAGACAGAACAUUAAAGAUGGAUUUUAUAUCACAAAGCAAGAAAUCAUCAGUUUGGAUGAUUUAAAUCUGAAGCUACUAAUUAAUUUCUGCUGGAUUUUUAUGUGCAUAUUGCAGAGAUCAGGCUGAAGUUGCAUCUAAACACCAUAUUUUUUCCAUUUAUUAUUAUUUUUGUGGAGUCAAACUAACUACAUUGUUGUUCAAUCUGGGUGUGGACACAAACUGAAAACUUACAGUCUGCAUCCAGACCAACAAACUGCUUUUUAUUUUUACAGCCAGCUCCCUGUUAUUCUUGUCUGUAUCGUUCAUACUGUUAUCUCCGUGUCCAAAGAAGAUAAUUCUGAACACUUUUCUUCUUCUCUGAAUAAAAAUGUCACAUGUACACAACAAUGAAUGUCUCCAGUCAGAAUUAUCAGCAUUUCCACUGAACCUUCACCUCCCAUUAAUCAGCUGCUGUCAUCGCUUCACUUCCUUCACAUUGUUUUAGAAAGCAGAGCAGAGUUUUGUUUGUGCGACUGUGUGUGUGUAUACUGGAUGAUUAUGUAGUGUUUUAAGAGUACUGUGUGUGUCAAACUAAGCUGAUACAAACUGUGAGAACUGAUGACUGUUACUGUAAAGCUACAAUAAACUACAACACUGACUUAGUAAAAUA